AUGGCCUUUCGGGCGCUGCUCUCGCAGCCGCAGCCGCAGGGCUGUGGGGCCCCCCCCUCGGGGCCCUCCAUUUCUGGGACCUCUUCAAACCCUCUGACUUCUUUCUUGAGUUCCGUGACACAAGACCCCCUUAGGACUCAGCAGCUGACAGAGGGGUACGAUUUAAGUGGCCUCCAGGGGCCCCUGGGGGACCAGCUGGGGGCCCCCCUGGGGUCCCUCAGGGGGGCCCCCGUGGGGGCCCCUCAGCAGCAAAAGGGGCCCCUAGGGGCCUCUGCUGCUGCUGCUGAAGCAGCAGAAGAUGUGUUUAUACCCCCAGCUGACGCAGCAGCAGCAGAAAAAGCAGCAGCAAGAAUUGCUCCUGAGGCUCGGGGCGUCGAGGGACUUUUGUCUGGCAGCACUGCAGCAGCAGCAGCAGCAGCAGAAGCAGCAGCAGAAGCAGCAGCAGAAGCAGAGCUGCUGCGCUCUUCUCACUUCAGAGAGCCCUUUAUGCACCCUGCAGCAAGGCAGCAGCAGCAGCAGCAACAGCAGCAGCAGCAGCAGCAACCGCAGCAUGGGCCCUCUGCGUGGGCAGCAGAAUUCCUUACUCGACAGCAGCAGCAGCAGCAGCAGCAACUGAAGCGCUUCGGCGGAGACACGGGGCUUGUGCAGCAGUGGGCCAAGGAGUUCGGGUCACUCUCUCUGGGGGGCCCCACACCAGCGCAGCAGCAGCAACAGCAGCAGCAGCAGCAGCAGCUGUUUGGGGCCCCCCUCUUUGUCAGCGGGGCCUACGAGGCCUCCCAAAGACUUGCUGCUGCUCCGCGGCCCCCCUUUGGCGCGCAGCUGCCGCUGCAGCAGCAGUUUCCUUUCCACCUAUUCUUCCAGCAGCAGCAGCAGCAGCCGCAGCAGCAGCAGGCGCAGAAGGCAGCAGCAGCAGGAGCAACCGCAACACAAAGAGCAGCCACAGGAAGUGCUGCAACAACCUGA